GACUAUUUUUAUUCAAGCACUGUUUGGCCACACUCAGACUUACCGGCGAUUUUUUGCGAUCGACUCUAUUAAUUUAUUCUUUAUUUAAACGUUAAAAAUGAAGCUUGCUCCGACUGUAAAACUUAACAAUGGCUAUGAAAUGCCGAUUCUGGGUCUGGGAACCUACAAUCUAAAAAAAUCUCGGUGUGAGUCUGCAGUGCGCCACGCCCUAGAACUGGGUUAUCGGCAUAUAGACACCGCCUAUCUGUAUAGGAAUGAAAGUAUUAUAGGCAAGGUUCUGGGCCAAUUUCUGGGCGACGGGAAGAUAAAGCGAGAACAGGUGUUCCUUGUCACAAAGCUGUGGGACAUAUAUCACGAACCCAAGAGGGUGAAAUACGCCUGCGAACUGCAAUUAAAGCUACUCGGCGUGGACUAUGUAGAUUUGUAUCUUAUGCACUCGCCUGUGGGCGUGCCCUAUGUAUCAGAUGAUGAUCUGAUGCCCCAUGUUGAUGGUCAACUAAGGACAAAUGAUGUGGACUAUUUGGACACUUACAAAAGUAUGGAGCACCUGGUGGACCUGGGACUUGUGCGCAGUUUGGGAUUGUCAAACUUUAAUGCCAAUCAGCUGCAGAGGUUGUUAGAGAAUUGUCAAGUCAAACCUGUGGCCCUUCAAAUCGAAUGUCAUCCGGAACUGGUGCAAAUCCCGUUGAUUGAGCUCUGUAAACUGCACAAUAUCACCGUAGUCGCCUAUUCGCCACUCGGUCGUCCCAAGACCUGCAAUCCCCUACCGAAAUACUACAACGAUCCCAAACUGCUGGCCUUGGCAGAAAAGUAUGGCAAGACCCCCGCUCAAGUCAUCCUAAGAUACUUGAUCGACAUUGGCACGGUGCCCAUUCCAAAAGCUGCCCAACAGACCCAUCUUGUCGAGAAUCUGGAUAUCUUCGAUUUCCACUUAAUGCCGGAGGAGUUGCUUCAAUUGGGGACCUUUAAUCUGGGCCGGCGAAUCUGGAAGUUUGAGAAAGCGAAAAGUCAUCACUUUUAUCCGUAUUGAAAAUGGAAUAUAUAUAGUUUAGGGCUAAAAUAAUAUCACAUCAUACUUAAGGUAAAGUCUCUAGCUCAGAAUCUUAUAGCGGUCUAAUUAUCUUGUUUUGUGUAUUUUGGAUUAACACAAACUAAUUUAAGUUAUUUUCAGUUUAUUGGUAAUUUUAAGUUAUAAUUUGUGAACAACAUUCAUACAUUCUUA